CUUCAGUCCUUCACAAAGGUCCUAGAUGCAAUUGGACCAGAUGACUGCUGUUUCAGAUUUCAGACACGACCAAUCCCUGUAAGAGUCAUUACAGAGUAUGGCGUAACAAAUAUUCGGUGUGCAAAACCUGGAGUCUUCUUUACUCUACAGAACGGUCGUCAAUUGUGUGCAGAUCCCAGCUUCAAGUGGGUGAAGUACAACAUGAAAAGAAUUGACCAGCGUCUGUUUAACAGUCUGAACAAACCUGAUGUUGUAGAUGGACCAGAUCAGUGCUGUACCAAGUUUCGGACACAACAAAUCCCUGUAAGAGACAUUACAGUGUAUGAAGUAACAGAUCCUAAGUGUCGAAAACCUGGAGUCAUCUUUACUCUAGAGAACGGUCUUCAUGUGUGUGCAGAUCCCAAAAUCAUAUGGGUGAAGAACAACAUGAACAGAACUGACGAGCGUCUCUUUAGUAACCUGAACAACACUGAAGAUUCACAUGGACCAGCUCUUUGCUGUUACAGAUUUCAGACACAACCUAUCCCUAUAAGUGUCAUUACAGCUUAUGAAGUAACAGAGAUUCGGUGUGAAAAACCUGGAGUCAUAGCGCAGCCAGUCAAAUCCAUUCUGCUUGAGGAAUGCCCUAAUAAAUUAAACUCCGUCCCUGCCAUAGACGAGGAACAACAUGGCACAAGAGGGCAACCUGAAUCCAACCCAUCAUGACCAACAACAGAGAAGAAGCCCCAGGGGCGAAGGCCAUUAAUCAAGUGUCCAAAGGCCUGCAACAAUUUGAUGUGGAAUGAGUCCAACACCGAUCUCUGCAACAUGCUGGAAGGGAUCAGAGGCACAGUCAUGAAAAAGUUGGAUAGGAUGGGUGAUCUUAUCUAUGCCUACGGAGUGGAACAUUUUGGAGUGGUCAAAGGCACGAGCUACUCCUUCUAUCCCCACCAAGUCCAGAAGGCAGACAGAGAUAGAUCACCUAGUCAAGGAAAGGAAGCAGCUGAAGAAGCAAUGGAGGAAGGCCACGAAGGAGGAGAAGGAGGGUAUAGACCUGCUGCAGAAAGAGAUUCAGGGCAGGCUUGCAACACUGAGGAGGCUUGAAAACCUCCCGAGGAUGCGCAGAAGGAAGGAGCCAACAAGAUCACGCAUCUACAAAGAUCCCUUUAAAUUUGUGAAGAGUCUCUUCACAAAGGAGAAGAGCGGAAGUCUCUCAGUGUCAAAGGCCGACCUGGAAUAACAUCUGAAAAACAUCCUGCACAGAUGACAGACUCCAGGAAAAAGUUACACUCCCACCUGACAUGCCACCAGUCAACCCACCAGAGCACGAGCUGGAUAUCAGUCCACGCAGGUGGAGUGAGAUAGAACAAACCAUCUGUAGAGCAAGGGCCGCAUCAUCUCCAGGUCCCAAUGGAGUUCCAUACAGGCUCUACAAAAGCGCUCCAGAUGUCCUGCGAUUCCUCUGGAAACUGAUGAAAGUCAGUUCCCCCAAGGAAAAGGACUCGUCAGAGAGUUCCGACAGAUCAGCCUUCUAAACCUAGAGGGAAAAAUCUUUUUCAGCGUGGUCACUCACAGGCUGGCAGGAUACCUGCAAAGAAACAACUUGAUUGACACUUCAAUCCAGAAAGCAGGCAUCUCAGGCUUUUCCGGUUGUGUAGAACACACUAGUGUCAUUUCACAUCAGAUCCAGGUCACCAAAAAGGAGGGAACAGAUCUUCAUUUAGUGUUCCUGGAUCUCGCAAAUGCCUUUGGCUCAGUCCCUCACAACCUCCUGUGGAUAGCCUUUCACUACUUUAGAGUCCCAGAAGCUCUCACAACCAUUUUCAAGGUCUACUUCCAGGAUUUCCAACUCUGUGUGACAACAGCAGAGUACACAACAGCUUGGCAACACCUGAAAGUGGGAAUCAUUGUGGGCUGCACCAUCUCCCCAUGGGCCUUCAACCUGGCCAUGGAGGUCAUCAUUCGGGCCUCUAGGUGGACAGUUGAUGGACAGUGAAUAAGACCUGGGCUGAGGCUGCCGCCGGUCAGAGCCUACAUGGAUGACCUCACAACUCUCACCACCACCAAGGUGUGCACUGUAUGGCUAGUUCCAGGAAAACACUGAGCGGGCUUGCAUGAAGAUCAAGCCGAGAGAGUCCAGAAGCAUCUCCAUCAUUAAGGGAAGCUGUCAGACUGCCAUUUCCAUAUCGGUGAGGAACCCAUCCCAACAGUCUCCGAGAAGCCAGUGAAGAGCUUAAGUCGUUGGUAUGAUGCCUCCCUUAAAGACAAAGAGCAAGUAGAGCAGCUUAGGAAGGAGGUAGCCAGUGGCAUGGAGAACAUCAACAGAACCCUGCUUUCUGGCAUGCUGAAGCUCUGGUGCAUGCAGUAUGGACUACUUUCACGUCUCCUGGCCAUUAACCCUCUAUGAAGUCCCGCCUCGAAGGUGGAAAAGCUGGAGAGAAUGUUCAGCUCAUAUGUAAGGAAGUGGCUUGGCCUUCCCAGGUGCCUCAGCAGUAUUGGAUUUUAUGGCAAAGGGAUGCUACACCUGUCCAUCUACAGUCUACUAGUACAAGUGUGCCAAAGUCAGACUGGAGAUGAUGCUACUGGAUUCUAGCGAUCCAUUUGUAGCCCAAGCUGCUCCCAUUUGGCCACCUGGAGGAGGUGGACCCUGUUGGCUGCAACUGAGCAGCACUCAGACACCAGGAAAUUGUGGGCCGAGUGCAGGAGGGGAGGAGUGGUCUUGGAUUUGGGGCCAGUACACCAGUGUGGAGCAAGGCCUCUCCAUCUCAGAGAUGCAAGAUGGUGGUCCAGGAGGUACGUCGGGAGGAAGAAGCAAGAAGGUGCCCCCAAGCUGUGGCACAGCAAUUGCAAGGGCAGUGGAUGGCAUGGGAAGGAGUGGAGAAGAGGAAAAUCUCCUGGAAAGAGCUGUGGGAGAUGGAGGCAUUCAGAGCAAUCUUUACCAUCAGGGCUGCCUAUGAUGUCCUACCGUCUACCACAAACCUAAGCCAAUGGUAUGCCGAAGAUCCCACGUUCCCUCUAUGCCCAAGUCUAGCAACACUGAAACACAUUUUAGUUGGAUGCAAGACCAGCCUCACCCAAGGCCGUUACACCUGGUGGCUUAACCAGGUGCUGAAGUGUUUUGCUGCACUGUUGGUAAGUCAACAGACAAACAUGAAUGCCCUUCCUCCCCCGUUAUCCCAGUGGCAGACAACACCAUUUGUUCGGGAGGAUGAGGGUCAAGCCAACCUCACCACCAUAAGAUCAGACUCUGGUCAGCUGGGCAGAGCACCGAACUGGAAGCUGCUGGCAGACUUGAAGAAGAAACUUCCCACCUGAAAUCGCAGCCACCAAACUGCGACCAGACCUUGUUCUGUGGUCAGCCUCACUCAAGCUUAUCUACAUCAUCGAGCUCACCAUGCCCUGGGAGGGUGCGGUGUAGGAGGCCUGUAAACAGAAAAAGCUGAAGUAUGCUGAACUUUCAACCAAAGCGCAACAACAGCGCAACUAUCAGUGAAACACCAAGGAAGGAGGGCACCCACUUGACAACCCAAAGGGUGCCAUCACUUAAUUGACCAUCCCACGGAGUCUCAUUGGAGCCUCAAGUAUGCAUUAAGGGGUGCAUACUUGACGACAGUGCCAUCAUUCAAUGGACCAUCCCAUGGAGCCUCAUCGGUGCCUCAAGUAUGCAUUAAGGGAUAUCAAUAUCAACAACAGAUCUACAAAGAAACACUUUUUCACACAGCGCCAUCUUUACUCUACAGGACGGUCGUCAUGUGUGUGCAGAUCCCCAAGUCAUGUGGGCAAAGAAUUACAUGAAGAAAAUUGAGCGGCGAACAGGCUGAACAAUCCUACAGAGUUUAAGUCCUCUCUCAAUUAAUAAAUAAUGAAUAAUUAUGUAAUAAAAUGUACUUUUUAUAUAAUCAGACAGGAUGAUUAAAGCUUUUAGUUAUAAACUUAAAUAUAAUCUGAUUUAUUUUACCGACUGUUAACAUGAAUUCAUUUACUUUUUAAUUUACAUUUCUCUGCUUUAAAGUAAAAUCAUGUUGGUUGCAUUUAAACAUUCAACAAGUUUAUGUACAACAUUAAUAUAUUAAUAUAUCUAACACACAUAUGCAUGGGCGUAAAUUUCAUUUAACAGUAUAAUUAAAUAAAAUUUCUCAUGAGCAAUUUUUGAAGUGGGGGACACAAAUAAUAGUCUAAUUGUACUUACAGACAUGACCACACAGUGAAAAAAUGUGCUUUUAUAAUUAUUAUUGUAGCAUGGAGACGGCAUCAUUAUGGUUAUUUUCAAAGUUUUUCUUCAAAGAAAGUAAAACUAUCAUAAAAAUAAUCACACACAAAAAAAAACAAGGAAUAAAAAAAAAGUUUACAAUUUUAUUUAA